AUGGCGGACCUCAUCGCCAUGGGCGUCUACACAGCUGUUCGGUCCUGCGGCGGACCCAUCAUUCCCAUCCGCGCAGGACGUAUCGAUGCCACCACCGCUGGCCCUGUGGGAGUGCCUCAGCCGCAAAAUUCGCAGGGAACAUUCAUAAACCAAUUCCUGCGCACCGGAUUCAACACCUCGGGAAUGAUUGCAUUGACUGCAUCACACAACUAUCAACUGCUGGAUGGAACCGCCACGUUCGAUGAGAAGAUCGUAACGGAUUUCGUGCAUCACGUCCUUGGAAAUCCUCUCACGGGGAACCUCGCAAGGAUUAAUUCCCGCGACGCGGAUACCAAGGUGUUCACGGCUGACGGCAACGUCACCAUCCGGACUCUCACGGACCCAACGACUUUCCGAUCCACCUGUGCUUCCCUCCUCCAACAGAUGAUCGAGGUGGUUCCCUCGGGUGUGGUGUUGACAGACCCCAUUGUGCCUUAUGAGGUGAAGCCCGUUCAUCUACAACUGUCUCUGCUAGAUUUUGGGGAAAAUGUACAAUUCUCCGGGCAAAUCCGAGGAGCUGCAGCGGGGUUUGACGAUACCUUCGCUUUCUACGGAUUUUCGACCUCUCUCCCAGUCAGUUUGUCUAUCUCGACUUUUCUUGUGCAGAUUCACUUUUCCAACGGUGUCGUCGAGCUCCAUGACAACAAUGGCUUCCUGUAUCCGGUGCAGGAUACGAUCAUGCUGCAGUCUGCGCAAAGCUGUCUGGCAGAUGCAACGGACGGCAUACCGUCCCUGACGACCAUUUCGAUUCCCAUGGCUCAUCGGCAGAGAGUAGGCGCAUAUGACCUCCUCACGGCAAGCUACCUGAUCGAUGCCAGUCAAGUAGCCCAUGGAAGAUUUGACCUCUCUACGGGCAGUGGAGCAACCCAGGUAGUCGACCAUUUCUACAGCAUCGCCGAUCUGGGCUCAACCUGCUCCGGCGGCGGAUCCAACUCCAGCACCUUCAUCUAUGAGAGCUGCAUAGCUGACUCCGUCUCCCCGCGGAUGCUCACCGGUGCUGCAACCACCGAUACUGCCAUGACGGUCGAACGAUGUGCCACUUUUUGCGCGAAAUAUCAUUGGUUCGGAGUUGAAUAUGGCACGGAGUGCUACUGCGGGAAUACAUGGGUAAUCCGUCUGGAGAUCUGUGGUGGUCCGCUUCGACUCAGUGUCUAUCGGGACACGACUUAUGUGGCUCCUAUUCAUCCUAAUAUCACAGGCUAUCACUAUCACGGCUGCUACAGUGACUCUCGCAGUAAUAGAACCCUCUAUGGUUCGUUCCACUAUGCGAAUAAUAUGACCGUGGAUGCUUGCGCGGGAUUCUGCGACGGGAGCAGGUACUUUGGCCUGGAGUAUUAUAGCGAAUGCUACUGCGGGAAUACACUGUCGUCUACCGCUAAGGAAGAGUUUCUAACUAAUUGUUCCUAUCUUUGUUCCGGCGAUGGUCGCCAGUAUUGUGGAGGAAGCGAUACGAUGGAUCUGUAUGAGAAGACAGGACCAGCCUCUUGA